CUCAUGCGUUUCCCGUGUUAAGUCUUUUAGGGUAUUCAAAGACACGCCCAAGUUUUCCAAUAGCUCGCUGCAAAGUCGCCGAGACCCAACUUUGAAUAAGUUGAUCGAGUCUCCGCCAUUUUGAGCUUCUCAACUUGUCUCUUAAACAAAUUGAUCUGUUUUAUUUUUUUUUCUUCUUUCCACUCGAACGGUCGACUAUUUUUGCGUGGGACAAAACAACAUCCAUAAUAAUAAUAAACCCGGAGGCGAAUCAUAAUGUCGAGCUUAGAGUGACGUCAUUUAAGAUUUUUUCAAACGCGACUUGUCUAUAUAUGUACAUCACACACGACACAGUCUGCUGGUGAUUUAUUCAGAUCUGGAUAAAAGGGCGAGAGUUAGUCACGUUUGUUAAACAUUCGCAAUUUAUUUUUAAGGUCGCGUCACGACUCGCUGAUGAAGAAGGAACUCAUUUGCGGCGCUGUCACAACAUUUUCCAAUGUGUGCGCCGACCCCUCCCUUUUCUCUAUGUAUCCAACACGCCACCUCCUAUUCACGUCGUCGUCGUCGUCCCCCCUCCCCACACACACACACUCCCGAAAACUUUCACAAUCCGAGGCCACAAAAGUUUCCCCAGCGUUGCAAACUACUUGCAGUUCAGAGUUGAUGGCGCCCGACGCGCACUAUAUAGUAUAAAGACGAGUCGAGCGUAUAUAUAUAUGUAUUAUGACCCUAGACUGCUGCCCUGCUAGAGACUUAAUUAUAUAGAGAGAGAGGGUGGUGGUUGGGGGAGUCUAUACAAGUACUACCAGACUGCGUAGAAUCUAAACAAAUGUGACAUCAAAAAAACUUUAACUCAAUCAAGUCCCUCUAAUAGGCCUACAGCACACAAAAGGAUCCUCGUAGGAUUUUUUUCUCCCCACCCCAGGCAAUAUGGGAAGUCAUCCAAUACUUGGCUCCUAACAUGUAAGGAGGCAAGUGGAUAAAAAUGACUAAAGAAACAAGUUUUUUUUCCUCUUUUCCAUCUUCAUUCGGGUGGUGUCUCUGGCCAUAUCCACCGAGACAGCAGAAGGAGCCGAAAGAGGAUCUUUUCAGCUGAUAGGGUCUUCUUUGCGGAGCUCCUGUAUGUAUAUAUUCAAGUUCUGCGCGCAGCAUAGAUGGCCAACUUAUUGUAUAAUGGCGCGUUUUAUCCCUUGCGCCUAUAUCCUGUCUACUUGCUCAACAUUUAUAGGAAGAAAGAGCCGAGCAGAGGGGGUUGAUUCACGCGUAUCUUUUUUCCUUCCUACUAUAGACUUGGCUGUACCAGGGACUCUUGAUCAAUUAGAUCCGCCGCGCUUCUUCCGAGAGAGUCUGGCUUAUUGAAUUAUUCAUUAGAAGGUUCAGACGCCACUUUUCCCUGUAAAAAGAUAGCGAACGCGCCAUUGUAAAUAUCCCAAAAAGUGCGACUGACUCUCGGCUCCUCCUGCAUUCAACAGGAGUGUGCCUUACGCACACACUCCUUCACUUUCAUUGAUUAGCUCCUAACCUAAAAAAAGAUAGAAACUUGUUCAGUCUGAUGGGACUCAUUUUUCCUUAUCGUGUGAUUGGCCCUUUUUCCUGGUAUUUCCAGCGAGUCCCACCUUUAAUUGAAUUGACGUGGUAAUUGAUGGCUUUCUAUACAGGGAGGGAGCGGUGGGUAGGACGACUUGAUCGUCACAUCAGGAUCACGAUAGGUUGUUGGCCGCCACCGCGUCUGCCAUCGGAUAAUAUAACUCAGCCGUUGCCCCUAGCGACCGUCAAAAUAACAACAAAGGGGGGCGAAAACAUAAAAUAAUGCGCUAAAAGAAUCGUUGGUGAGUCAGCCUUGUAGACAUGGCGUCACCGCAGUGGGCCGGCAAAACGAGUCGUGUCAUCCGUGCCCGGAAGAUCGGAUUGAAACUGGACCCGUUGAGUUUGAUUCUUCUCUACCAGGAUGGUGAGGUCAAAGUGAGGAAGAGAUUCAUGCCGAUUAGGAACCUGAAAUCACCAGCCGAUCCCUGGGCCAGAGCCGAGGAAUUGAAAUUACGUCACAUGACCUAUUUGGCCGCCGUCCCCACUGUGGUAUUGACCAAACUCAUUUCAAUCGCCCAGCAAGUGAUGAUCGGAUUGGACGUGGACGAGGCCGUACGACAAGUGACGCAACGCUUCUCGGUCGACGUCGAACGGGAUUUGAAUGUCGUUUCCGAACCGGAACUCAAACGUCAAAAGGAGCUGAUGGAAUUGACUUUUAUCAACAACGUCAUCGGUCCGUCGGAUCCUCGAUUCGUUUACGACAAGCAAGUGGCUUUCCAUCGACCCGAUCGCGUUUCCGACUGGGACGAAGAUAAUAGUGAAUAGAAAAUAUUUGGCAACGCUGUGUGCUCAGUCAGAAACAUGUAAAUGAUUUGCUCUUUUUAGCUGUCAAAACAAUCGAGAGAGAUUUUCCACGUCACCGAGUUAUUUCAUGAACAAGGCUGUACGUCUGAGAAACUCGUUAAUAAAACAGUGUACAUAGA